AUGAGAUAUUCCAUCAUAUUCACUGCGCUUGUUGCUAGCGCUUCUGCAAGCGACAAGCCGGCCGUAAGCCCCGCACUGCUCAAGUCUCGAAUCCUUCGUGAUAACUUGUUCGCCGGUGCGCAAAAACUGCAAGACUUUGCCAAUGGCUCUCCAAACAAUAGUCGGAGCAUGGGUAGCCCAGGACAGGUGGCAACACUCAAGUGGCUCAAAGACAAUCUUGAUGCCCUCGACUAUUACGAUAUAAAUUCCUUCUCUAUCAAUGGCACUGUCCUAUCGGAUUCGGAGUCUUCGCUCUUCCAGUAUUCUCCCACCGCAAAAGUCACUGCCCCUUUGAUCAUUGUCGAAGGUGGAUGCAAUAGGACUGAUUAUACUGCGGCAGUAGCUGGCAAGAUCACCCUCAUAGCCCGUGGGACAUGCGACUAUGGUAUCAAAUCUGCUUAUUCUGGUGCUGCUGGAGCAGUCGGAUCUAUUCUGUACAACAUUGAUGACAAAGGCCCUGAAGACGGCACUCUGCUCGCUCCUCCUCGGCCCGAGGGUCCAUACGUCCCUACCCUAAAUAUCAUCAAGAAUGUAUCUACUCCCAUAGUUGCGGCACUCAAAUGCGGAAAAAAGAUAUCUGCUAGUUUCGACGUCUACUCAGACAUCCGCAACAUCACUUCAUCAAACCUCAUUGCUACCACCAAGUCCGGCGACCAUAACAACAAGCUCAUUGUCGGCGCUCACUCAGAUGGUGUGCUCGAGGGCCCAGCAAUCAACGACGUUGCAAGUGGCCUAGUUGGGAUCUAUGAGGUCGCCAAAGGGUUGUCAAAGUACAAAAUCAAGAACGCAGUAACAUUUGCCUUUUGGACCGCCCAACAGUCCGGUUAUCUACCCGGCUCAACACAUUUUAUCAAGAACCUCACUCCAGCUGAAAAUGCCAAAAUCUGUGCUUAUUUGAACUUCGACCUGCUUGGCUCGCUCAACUACGUCCACCAAACCUACGAUGGCGAUGGCAAAGCCUUUGGCACGCCUGGACCCAACGGCUCCGCUCAGAUACAAAACCUCUUCCAGAAGUACUUCAAAGCCGCAGGAACAACUACUAUCCCAAAGGAGUAUGACGGCCGCUCCGAUCAUGCACCGUUUGUCUAUGCUGGCAUUCCUGUCGGAGGAACCUCGACAGGCCGAGAUGUGCAGAAGACUUCUGAGCAGGCUACUAUUUUUGGCGGAACAGCUGGUGUUAACUACGACCCUUGCUUUCACUUGCCAUGCGAUACAGUCAAGAAUCUCAAUCUGGACGCCUGGGUCCUUCACACCAAGGGUGUUGCGGAGGCCGUUGCUACCUAUGCCAAUUCCUGGGAAGGGGUUCCAAAGAGGACUACAAGCACGGCAAAGAGACGUGUACUCCUCGCUAGAGACAGUACCGAGAAGUCAUAUGCCUAA